CCUAUAUCAAUGGCUGAAGGAAACUGGACAAGAGUUAGUGAGUUUAUCCUCAUGAGUUUCUCUUCCCUACCGACUGAAAUACAGUCAUUACUCUUCCUGACAUACUUAAUCAUCUACCUGGUCACCCUGCUGGGAAACAGCCUCAUCAUUCUGGUUACCUUGGCUGACCCCAUGCUGCACAGCCCCAUGUACUUCUUCCUCAGGAACUUGCCUUUCAUAGAGAUUGGCUUCAACCUAGUCAUUGUGCCCAAGAUGCUGGGGACCCUGAUUGCACAGGACACAACCAUCUCCUUUCUUGGCUGUGCCACUCAGAGGUAUUUCUUCUUCUUCUUUGGGGUUUCUGAAUGUUUCCUCCUGGCCACAAAGGCAUAUGACUGCUAUGUAGCCAUCUGCAAUCCCUUGCACUACCCAGUUAUCGUGAACCCUUGGACACAGGCAAAACUGGCUAUUGCCUCCUGGUUUCCAGGCAUUCCUGUAGCUACUGUGCAGACCACAUGGCUCUUCACCUUUCCAUUCUGUGGCACCAAGGUGAAUCACUUCUUCUGUGACAGCCCACCUGUGCUGAGGCUGGUCUGUGCAGACACAGCACUGUUUGAGAUCUAUGCCAUUGUUGGAACCAUUCUGGUUGUCAUGAUACCCUGCUUACUGAUCCUGUGUUCCUACACUUGCAUCACUGCUGCCAUCCUCAAGAUUCCAUCAGCUAAAGGGAAGCACAAAGCCUUCUCUACCUGCUCCUCCCACUUCUUUGUUGUCUCCCUUUUCUAUAUAUCUUCAAGCCUUACCUAUUUCCAUCCUAAGUCCCAUAAUUCUCCUGAGCUAUCACUGUCCUACACUAUUGUAACUCCCAUGUUGAACCCCAUCAUUUACAGCCUGAGAAAUAAUGAGGUGAAGAAUGCCAUUGGUCGCAACUUCCACAAGGCUUUAGGCCUCAGAAACUGUAUUCUGUAG